AUGGGACAACUACUGGAUCAUUUGCAGCCGGUGGUCUUCACCUUGCUGGAGUGCGGACUCGCGGAAGUAUUUGAACAGUUCGUGGGUUCCAACCAUGUGGACCUGAUGUCCACAUCAAUCCAGCCCAUAAGCAAGGCUUUGCUCUCCAUGCAACUAUCCCUGCAAAAGGUCCGGCUGGGAGUUGCUGCGGGAGAGGUCGUGAUGAAGGAAGAGAAUGCGCGCCUCAAGGAUGCGGCUCUUCGCACGGUGGAUUUUCAAAAGAACGAACUCGAGAAGCACGGGGAGGAGAUAAAGGAGCUCCAGAGGACUAUAGCCAGGCUCUCUAGGGAGGUCGACGAGAAAGACCAGGAGCUCAAAACGACCUCUCAGCGGGCCUUACGAGUAGAGCAGGAGAGGAAGGCCUCAGAGAAGCAAAAGCAGGCUCUCAAGGCCGAACUCCAAGCAAGUCAGGGAAGAGUUACUUCACUGAUUGAAGAGAUGAAGAGCCAAGCAGCGGAGAUCGAGGCAAAGGCCACUGAAUGGGCGAUUCAGUCCAUCUAUGCCUUGCGGCCAAAGAAUCCGGAGAUUGAUAUGUCCGACCUCCCAGAGGAUUGGCGGGAAACUCUCAUAUCCAUGGCACGGCUCGAUGAUGAGGAAGCAGUGGAGGCCGCCCGAGGAUAUGAUCAGGGAGAGGUUUCAAAAUAUGCCCCGAAGAAGCCCACUGCUGACCAGGCGAAUGGCGACCAGCCUUGA